UUGGCCUAAUGGGUAGGUCAGAAGCCAACCGGUGAUGGCUUGAGGAAGACGCAGCUUAAGCCACCAGGAAAGUUGAAGAGACAUGGCGAUAAGUCAUAGAAGAGAUUGGCACUGGACAAUGGGGGAAAAGCUGUUUAUUUUCUGGGUCCAGCUAUUGGCACUUGCCACAGCCUUCGCAGGAGGCGUAUAUGGCAUUCCCAGUGAAGUGAUAACGAGACCGAUCCUCACGGGCCGUUCCAGCCUGGCACCAACCGUGUCCCUCGGACUCUCAGCUCUCAACCCUAAUGAAUACCCUGACCAUAUCAGUACCAAUUCCUCGCUGGCUUAUCACAGUGGAUACCCCAGUUGGGAGCACUCGAAUCGGACACACAGAUACCUGACGCCUCACCAUGCCAGUUUCCUCAACCGCAAACCAGGUUCUUAUGGCUCCAGGAGGAACCUCGCUUGGUACCACAAACACAGCCAUACACCUUCAGUCGGUUUAUACCUUACACCUAUUCCUAAUUGGUACCAUACACCUACUCAGAAUAGGUACCGUGCACCAUUGUGGAAUAAGUACCAUACAUUUAGCCACAAUAGGUACCAUACUCCUAUAUACAAUAGGUACCAUAAUCCUAUUCACAAUUGGUACCAUAAAUUUACCCACAAUAGGUACCAUACACCAAAUCAAGAUAAGUACUAUAAACCUAUCGAGAUUAGAUACCAUAACCCUAUCAAGAAUAAAUACCAUAAACUUAUCCACAAUAGGUACCAUCUACCUAAAUACAACUGGUACCAUAAACCUAUCCACAAUAGUUACCGUAUGCCAUUCAAUGAUAGGUACCAUAGACCCGUUAAUAAUAGGUACCAUAUACCUAUAUACAGCAGGUACCAUAUCCCUAACCACAGCAAAUAUCAUAAACCUAUCGGCAACAGGUUUCAGUCGCCUAUCCACUGUCAUCACCAUACUGAACCCAAUUACCCAACCACUAGUUCUAAUCCUACCUCUCCUCUGUCCACUGAAACUCCCACUGAACCUCUCACUACUCUACUCACUGAAACUCCUGAAACUUCGGCUCCUCUACUCACUGAAACUCCUGAACCUCCCUCUCCCACUGAACCUCUCACUACUCUGCUCACUGAAACUCCUGAAUCUCCCACUACUUGGCUCACUGAAACUUCCUCUCCUCUACUCACUGAAACUCCUGAACCUCCCUCUCCCACUGAACCUCUCACUACUCUGCUCACUGAAACUUCGGCUCCUCUACUCACUGAAACUCCUGAACCUCCCUCUCCCACUGAACCUCUCACUACUCUGCUCACUGAAACUCCUGAAUCUCCCACUACUUGGCUCACUGAAACUUCCUCUCCUCUACUCACUGAAACUCCUGAACCUCCCUCUCCCACUGAACCUCUCACUACUCUACUCACUGAAACUUCUUCUCCUUUACUCACUGAAACUCCUGAACCUCCCUCUCCCACUGAACCUCUCACUACUCUGCUCACUGAAACCCCUUUACCCACUGAAUCUCAUGAAUCUCUCACUACUCCACUCACUGAAACUUCCACUUCUCUGCUAGCUGACGUAAACUCUGAAACCCCCAAUGCUCUACAUAAUUUACAAAGUCUAAUCCCAGAUUCUCCUCAACUCCGCUUCAUUCUUCCUUCAGAUUUCCCUAAUCCUGAUCCGUCUGAGCCUUCCACUAAUCUCAUUUCCGAUUUGUCUAAUCCUCCUGCCGAUUCUCUUCAUCCUUCUCUUUCUUUAACCCACGACUUCUCUAAUCUUGGAACACGAUCAGUCCAUGAUAUUCCCAAUCUUCCCGUGACUCUAAGCCACGAAUUUCCUAAUCCUCCGAGUGGCCCUGUCCAUGAAUUGUCUAAUCCUCCUAAAACACUAACCGCUGGUUCCCAUAAUACUCCUACGCUAAUCCACGAUUACCCUAAUCCUCCUGCGACUCUAAUCCAUGAUUUCCCUAAUCCCUCAACUACCCUAAUCCGGCAGUCAUCCAAUCUUCCUACAACUCCAAUCUCUGGUUCCCACAAUCUUCCUACAACUCCAAUCUCUGGUUCCCACAAUCUUCCUACAACUCUGAUCUCUGGUUCCCACAAUCCUACAGUAAUCCACGAUUUGCCUAAUCCUAAUCCCACUGCCCUAGUCCAUAAUGUCCCUAAUCCUCCAUCUACCUUAGUCCAUGAAUCAUCUAAUCCUCAUACGACUCUAAUCUCUGAUUCUCAUAAUCCUCCUACACCAAUGCACGAUUUGCCUAAUCCUCCAACUGCUCUAAUCCAAAAUUAUCCUAAUCCCCAAGGUACUCUAGUCCAGCAGUCAACUAAACUCCCUUUAGAUCUAAUCUCUGGGUCCCACAAUCCUCCUACACUAAUCCACGAUUUCCCUAAUCCUCCCACUUCUGUAAUCCAUAAUUUCCCUAAUCCACCACCUACCCCAGUCCAUCAGUUAUCCAAUCCUUCCACAACUCUAAUCUCUAAUUCCCCCAAUCCUCAUUUCCCUCCAAGUCCUGAUUUUCCUCAACUUUCAUCUCUAAUUAUCGAUGAUUCUAAUCUUCGAUCUACCCUUUUUACCGAUUCUCAAAAUCCAAAUCUUUUCAGAGAUACUUCCAAUCUACCUUUUCCGAACACUGACGACUCUAACCCUUCUUCUGUCCUAAUCACCAAGUCCAACAUUCCCCAAUCUCUAAGUGAUUAUCCUGAUCAUCGUUCAUCCUUAAUCAUUAAUUCUCAUAAUCCUUCUGUUUCUGCAGUUGCCAAUCCCCCUAAUUCUCUUCCAUUAAUCCCUAUAUUACCCAAUCCUCUUCCUUUAAUUGCUGACUCCCCCAAUCCCUCUUCUCUAAUCGCUGAGUCCCCUAAUCCUUCUUCUCUCAUGGCUAACUCCCCCAAUCCCUCUUUUCUGACUGGUGAUUCCCCCAAUCCCUCUUCUCUCAUGGCUAACUCCCCCAAUCCCUCUUUUCUGACUGGUGAUUCCCCCAAUCCCUCUUCUCUCAUGGCUAACUCCCCCAAUCCCUCUUUUCUGACUGGUGAUUCCCCCAAUCCCUCUUCUCUCAUGGCUAACUCCCCCAAUCCCUCUUUUCUGACUGGUGAUUCCCCCAAUCCCUCUUCUCUCAUGGCUAACUCCCCCAAUCCCUCUUUUCUGACUGGUGAUUCCCCCAAUCCCUCUUCUCUCAUGGCUAGCUCCCCUAAUCCCUCUUCUCCAAUCCCUGAGUCCCCUAAUCCCUCUUUUCUGACUGGUGAUUCCCCUAAUUCCUAUUCUCUAAUCGCUGAGUCCCCUAAUCCCUCUUCUCUCAUGGCUAACUCCCCCAAUCCCUCUUCUCUAAUCGCUGAGUCCCCUAAUCCCUCUUAUCUAACUGGUGAUUCCCCCAAUCCCUCUUCUCUAAUCCCUGAGUCCCCUAAUCCCUCUUCUCUCAUGGCUAACUCCCCUAAUCCCUAUUUUCUAACUGGUGAUUCCCUUAAUCUCUCUUAUCGAAUCGUUCACUCCCUUAAUCCCUUUUCUUUCAUCGUCCACUCCCCUAAUCCCUCUUCUGAAUCCCCCAAUCCUUCUCUCGAUAGGUCCCCUAAUCACUCUUCUCUAACUGGUGAUUCCCCCAAUUUCUCUUCUCUCAUUGCUAACUCGCUUAAUCCUUCUUCUGGCACUGGCUCCUUUAAUCCCUCUCUUCUGAUAACUGAAUCCUCCAUUCCUUCUUCUCUCAUUGCUGGAACCUCCAAUCCCUCUUCUCUCAUGGCUGACUCCCUAAAUCCCUCUCCUCUAAUCGCUGAAUUCCCCAAUCCGUCUUCUCUAAUCUCUCACUCCCCUAGAUCCUUUUCUCGAACUGCUGAGUCCCCUAAUCCCUCUUCUCUCUUUGCUGCGUUCCCUAAUCUCUCUUCUCUAACUGCUGACUCCCACAAUAUCUCUUCUCACAUGACUGACUCUCCGAAUCCCUCUCCUCUAAUCGGUGAUUCCUCCAAUCCUCCUUCUGCAAAUCUUGAUUCCUCUAAUAAUUUUCCUACAACCACUAUUACUCCCAAUCGUAGACCUCCAAUCACUGACUCCAGUAGCACUGGUAACUUUCCUUACUUCUUGGGUCUUCUCUAAUUCUCAUAUUCUUUCGUCUUACUAAUUUCUCCCUACAAGAAAUGGACUGUUUCAGAUUUGAGAUCGUGGGAACCUGCCAUAUCUCAUUUCUAUUUCAUAUCCCAUUCGUGCAAGUGGACUUUUUAACAUGUAUUUUAGUAUAUAAAUCAGCUUCAAAGGGAUACUUUUAACUAUAAGGACUCUUAACAUUUAGCAUUUAAUGUUUGAACAUCACUUUAAUAGAUAACUCAAUAGGGUACUUUUAACUAUAGGGACUUUUUAACAUGUAUUUCAACAUCGUUUUAGCGUAUAAUUUAAGAUACCACGAAUUUCGAAGCUGAUGUAACGCUGCGUUCGAAACUCCUUGUCUCUCUCGUCCGGACAACUUGUUAGGACCCUCCGAGGCCUUCCUUUCCCGCAAUGCAACCAGCUCUGAAACAUUCAUUAUAUUAUGAUAACUAUUGCCUUUAUUUUACACACUACAUAUUCUUCGUUAGUUCUCUUAUGCAUAGGAAACUUAUCAGCCACCGACAGACACGAGAAUAACAACAAUAGAGACCCAUAUAAUUAUCUACCAUUUUCUUAUGGUUGCUCACAACUUGUCAAUGUGUAGAUACAAAUGCCACUGAGAUGUCAUUUCGUCUUGCUCGCCCUGCUGCAAAGAAGGGCGUGGUGAACGAGAUGAACAACCUGUCCUGGACGCCAAAAUAGGGGUUCCAAAUGGGCAAAACAUCUUUUCCUGUUUGUUGGAUGCAGCAUUUGUGGUUUGUUUAACGGUCUGUAUUUGAAAAUCACUGUGUAUAUGGGUGUUUCCUCUUGUAUUAAUACAGUCAGGACCUAUUACACACAAUGGGAGAGCGUCCCAACCUUGUAUUUGGGAAGAAUCAAGAAAAUAAAUGUUUUAGUUUUAGUAGUUUACAACAGUUCAUUCCAUUUCCAUUCCUCCUUGCUGUAUCAUGUUAGUCCAUAUAUACGCAUUGCAACAAUGAAUAAAGUAGGCUAUGAACAGAUGUUUUUGUAGGAUACCACACUUUCUCUAUUUGUUGAAUCGGCGCAGUUGAAAUUGUAGUACAUACGCAGCUUAUGCUUAAUACAAAAAUGAAUUACUUUA